CCCAGUCAGUAUCGAGACAGCAUCCAACGGAGUAAUGUCAAUCUGCCGGCUGCAAACUCGCGCAUCGUCCAUUUUUACCACCUCAAUCCGGCUGUUUAGUUCCGCUAUUGCAAAAAGCAUGGAUAAGCACGAAGUCGUUCCCGAUGUGGUGCCGGUUGCACCGACCGAAGUGGCCAAGGUAACGUACCCGAGCGGUGCAGUCGUCAGCGAGGGAAACGUACUCACCCCGACCCAGGUUAAGGACGUACCGAAGGUGGAAUGGAAUGCGGAAAGUGGCGCCAUGUAUACGCUCUGCAUGACCGAUCCGGAUGCACCGAGUCGCAAGGAGCCGACAUUCCGUGAAUGGCAUCACUGGCUGGUUGGAAACAUUCCCGGUGCGGACGUGUCGAAGGGUGAAACACUGUCGGCGUACGUUGGGUCGGGACCGCCGCAGGGAACCGGUCUCCAUCGUUACGUGUUUCUGGUGUACAAGCAGGAUGGCAAACUAACAUUCGAUGAGCCCCGGCUGACCAACACGAGCGGGGACAACCGUGGUGGAUUCGCUAUCCGUAAGUUUGCCGAAAAGUAUAAGUUGGGUAAUCCGGUUGCCGGGAACUUCUAUCAGGCCGAAUGGGACGAUUAUGUGCCGCUGUUGUACAAGCAGUUGGGUGCAUAA